UAUAGGUUCUCGGGGUAGUUUUGUGAGCGCGUGCGUCGAGUCCUCGAUGACGAGGGCUCGGGGGUAGGUGCUCGACCCGGACGCAGUACCCGAUCCGACGUACCACGUAGUCUCGUGUGCUCGAUCUACGACGUCGUAAGCUUCGUAAUACGUGCAAUAAAAGGCACGCAGUCACUGAGAGAAAUUCACAGUUUUCCACCAAUUUUGUGGAGGCGAAAAAAUAAUUGGAGAAGCGAGGGAGAUAAAGCUGUGAGAGAGUGGAAAGGGGAAUAGAGUCGACACGGUUCUUUUGAGGCUGUCAAAGUCUGUGGACGUUUUACAAUUCCGUCAAAUCUGACGUAACAUAUCAUCAAUUUUAAGCACAUUUUAUCGUUUGUUUACUCGCUCGGUGAUUGCCAAGUUUUCUGUGUCAGGGGAGCUGGGAUUUGUGAUGAUUUAACGAGAAAUUUACUCAUUCAGAAAUAAUUUAACGAUCGAAAUUCGUGUCAUUCAACGAGACUGAAUGUGAAGUUUGCUUAUUUGUUGUUCGCUGUUGAAUUUGAUGGCUCGUGGCAGCAACAACUGUGAGGUUUCUCGCUCGAGAACGGACUGAAGUGAAUUCCUUGUUUUCUCCUUUCUCUUUCUCGUGCCAGUUCGAUUCUUAUUAUUUCCAUUUGUUUAUCCGUAUCGUGCGAGAUCAGUGCGACAAGUGGCACGAGUAUUCGCGAACUGUGAUAUGUGUCAACGGCAUAUGCCCGCGUAGUAAAUACCAGCGGUAAUGCGCGAUUGACGGAAGUCCUCGAUUAUUAUUGGAAUGCCGUGACAUUGAAGCUGUCCCCACAUCCGAAUCGAGUGAGAAAAUGUGGAGCUCGGUCACAGCGGCCGGAGUAGAAAACGGUCCAGCACCACCAUCCAGGAGCAAACACAGCGCGACCCUUUUGGCAGGACACGUUUAUCUGCUUGGCGGUCGAAAUGGGAAUUUACCUCUGAAGGAUCUCUGGCGAUACAGCCUCGCUGAGAGCAGAUGGGAAGAACUGCAUCCUAGCGGGGAAAGACCUCCGGCCCUUCAAGAACACAGCGCAGUUGCUUACAAGGAUUGCCUUUACGUGUUUGGCGGAGAGCUCGGAUUCUCUGCAGGCACCGAAACCCCACUUUGGGUUUACAAUGUCAAGACCAAUUCGUGGAGAAAAAUAAGAGCACAGAGAGGUUGCGCAGUUCCUAGGGGACGAAGAGGACACACGUCACUCGUACAUCGAGGCCAAAUGCUCAUUUACGGAGGGUAUCAAGACCUCCGAGGAAGCUCACCCGAGCUCUGGGCUUUUCAUUUUGAAACCGAAUCCUGGCAUCUUCUGUCGUCAAGCGAAUGUGGACCAGCAGCUCGGCACAAACACUCGGCUGUUCUGCACUGCGAUGCCAUGUACGUUUAUGGGGGAAUGACGGAUCUUCAAGAGCGCAGCGAUUGUUGGAGAUGGGACGUGAAUACAGCCUCGUGGUAUUUGCUCAAGAGCAAACCGGGCCCGGGGCCGCUUCACGGUCACGCAGCUUGUCGGUUACCGAGUUGCAUGCUCAUUUUCGGAGGUGAGAGCGGCGGACUCGCGACCAAUGAAUUGUGGCGUUUUCAUUUUGGCACCGAGACUUGGGAAAGAUUGGCAGUUCCGGGACCAAAACCUCAGCCAAGAGCGGAGAGCGUUGCUCUUGCAGUCUCCGAAUUAUUGAUACGGGGCCCGGGCACUGACAAUCCACGACCGAGACAACGCAAUCAAAAACCACGUUUUCAAUCCAACAGGAUUUCACCCCAGGAAGCACCGGCCAGACCGAGCUUUCUUAAAGAAAUUUCCAAACUAUCACAAAUCAAUUUAUCUCGGUUAAGCCAUCCGAACAAAUGCAGCUAUUCCGUCCUCAGUGGGCAUGACGACAACGAAGAAAGCCCACAGGAACUCAUUAAUCAACAGGCCAACUCGUAUUAUCCGUUUCAGCAAGUCGACGGGGAGGUGGUUGAGCCGAGUACGGGCAUGGUAAAAUCGAGAAGCGCGAAUACGUUGGCCCGCAGAAGGCAAAGAGCUCCGGAAAUGUUGAUGAAGAACAACAGCGUGGAUAACGGUACGAGAAGCUGUGGAAUGACGCGAGAUCCGAUCUCGGUGCCGAAUUUUCGAGCUCUGACAUUACCGACGCCGGUUCUCACGCCGGUCGAAGCAUCCCGACUCGUAUUCGUCGACCCUGACGAAGACAGUGACGAGGAAAAACGGGAACCACCGACUUCGAGGUUGAUCGAAGUCGCGGAGGAGAAAGGAGACUUCGCUGCUCUUCACGAAGCCUGCCAACCGAUGCGAGGCGACAGUUACAGUUCCCACUUGUACGAAGCUGUGCAGACCCCGAAAACUCCAACAGCGACAAAAAUCCCAACGUCGGCGUCCGUCCGAUUCGCCGAUUUGGAAGAAGGCGAAGAAUCGACUUCGGACUAUGCGAGCAUCGAAGCUCGCAGUCCGGGCGAUCCUCUCGGUGACGAGGAUUGGCCGAGGAAGACAUCGAUGAAGCAGCAUCGCGGAUCCAUUCGAGAAGGACAAUUCGGCUUUUGCAAUCCCAAUUAUUUAGGCCUCGAAGCCAACAACGAUGCCAAAUACGCGAAAAUGUUGAACAGCCCGCCGGACAGCGUCCUCGAGGACGCACCCGGAAGAUCCGCCUCUCAAACCUUCGCCGAGUUACUCGAACUCCAGGAAAUCAAACCACGAGCACCGCCCAAAAGUCUCGCUCUCGGCUCCCCCUCGAGGCGUGCCGUUAGCGCCUCUCGAGCCGAACGACAACGAGCCAAACUCGCUGCCAAUGAGACCAGCACCCCAGGACCCGCUCCUCUCUACGUCUUCCUCGUCGGCGGCAAAGAGAAAGGCCAAGUUACUGUUUUUGCCAGACCUGUCUCCUUGUGGAAACUCCAAUUGGCUCCCCACAUUUUUUAAGCUCACUCGACUCCUCGAAAUUUCAUUUAAUAAUCGUCUCCUUGUACAAUCAUCAUUUUACGAGGUUCAAGCCUCACUUUCGUUCAUCCAAAUUUUACAUAAACGAUGUUUUCUCUUGUUCGGCAUUUUCAAAAUUCGGUUGACCUUUCAUCAAAGAAAACUUAUUCCGGCUGUAAAUACAUUGCGCAUCCGACUUCGAGGGGCGGACGAAUUUUUGUUCUCUUUCAUUCACGAGCUCCAGAUUUCGUUCCCAAAAUCACUUUCAUUCCAAUUUUUUCGAAAAUCUCGACGACAAAACUUUUUAAUGCACGGUUUCAUCAAAAAUGUUUCUAUCGAACGUGAAAAAAAUUUUCGACUCUGAGGAUUUUUCAGUUUUGGCUAAACUUUUAUAAUUAUUUUACUUUUUUUUUUUAUUUUUAUUAGAAUUUUAAAUGUAUUUAAUGAACGAUUGAGUUUCGCUGUUACACGACGGAGCCAAAUGAUAGAAAAUUAGAGGAUGACCGUUUCGCCAUCGGAAAAUCUGGGAAAAAAGCGUACAUACGUCACGCUCUCGUGUAUAAUAUUAUGAUAGGAUGUAUAGAAAAAAGUGUGGAUGUUAAAAAAAGAAAAAAUAUGGGUGUUCUCUUUGUGAUAAAUUAGUCCGAGUUUUUCAGAGAAAAUAUUUCCUCUGAGAAGCGUCCAAAUCGGUAUUAAAAAUUGAGAGGAAACAGCCACUUCGUGUUCCAAUUGAGAAACUAAUGUUCUUAAAUGUUCAUAGCACGAGAUGGGAAUAAAAACUCAAUGAGGUCAUGGAGAGUAAUAAAAUGAUGCCAAUUCGAUAAACAAAAAUCGUUGUGACGACGAAUAUUUUUACGAAAUUGUUUCUACUUUAGAAAAAUUAAGAUUCCAAGACGAGACAAAAAACAAUAUUCGAACAGCGGAACUUCCGGUGAACGAAAUAAAAUCAAAGGAAUGAGAAGAAAAAAUAAUAAUUCGAUGGACUGAAAUCUGGGAUGAAAGUCGAUUACGAAAAAUGGAAUAAAUUUGUCGGUAUGCCAAAGGCAAAAAAUACGUAAAUCUUAAAUAAAAAAGUAGCAUAAGUCCUUUGUUUUUCCUUCAGUAUUCUUUAAGUUCGUUGGAACGAGAACAGAAAAUGUCGCAAGAAAUUUGAUUUUCCGAUAUUUUCCUCUCGAUUAUUCGAGUUCAAACUCGACACUGUUUUCUAAAACUUUAGCGACCAAAAUGAGUGUAAUUAUGCACUAGCUACUAUCAAUAAUUGUACAUUGUUUCAAUAUUUAUUAAAAGAAAACGGUGAGAAAGGAAACGAAAAAAUCGAUAUUUUCAGAUACUGAGAAAAAUCUUCGUAGCACCAUAGAUUUUAGAUGAAAGUGAGAAAUAAUCUGACGACCACAGAGCCAUGUGGAACUUUCUUUCUUGGAACUUUUCGUUUCUUUGUAUUUCAAAAGAAAAUAUUCUCAACAAAUUUCUUCUUCUAAUAACGCUUAAAAAACACAAAUUGCUUGAAAGGGGCAGAAGACCGAGUGAAUUGUUUUGCCAAAAAAAACAAAAUUACAUUUUCCGUAUAUUUGGCUCGAAGAUCUGAGAGAAAUUCAGCACAGAACUAAUCUCACACGUCCAUACUUAAUUAGUCCACAGAGCAAAAACCAUAAAAUCACAAAAAUAUCAAAAAUAGGUGCCACUAAAUUUGCCACACUUUUCGUAUCCUCAAAAACAAAGAAAACAAUAAAAAUUAACGACGAAGCACAUGCUCAACGAAGCUUUGUCCAAAAAACAAAAAUAUGGAACACAAAAAUAAGGAAAGCGAGAGAGCUCCAAAAGUAUGAAAUGAAAUUAAUAGUUGCUCGAGCAAAAGUACGUACGUAAGAUAAAAAUGGUGUAUUCGUGCGUAUAGAUGAUAAAAAAAAAAAAGUAAGAAAAUACGUCAAAGCAUGUAAAUGAUUGUUGGUGUCUUGUUUUUUUUUUUUUUUUUUUUUUUCAUCGUUUUGAAUUUUCAUGCCCACGGUGGCCCAUACAUGUAAUCCAUCCAUAAGUAGCUAAAGGCUCGGUGUGGUUUGCACUGCAGCUGGACAUUGAGACGUUGAACCGUUUUUCCAUGAAAGUUGUGACUUUUUAAUUAUUUUUUCGAAUAUUUCACUUGUUUUUUAACCCAACUAUUAUUUUGGCUUACUAUUCGCUUCUCAGGUAUUGAGCAAAAUUGAAAAUUCACGGAGAAAAAGUCGUGAAGAAAUUUGGGCAGAUCUGCUCCAGCUGACGUUUCAGGUCACAUGUGGCUUCGCUCCUCACACCCAAUAUUUCAUUGGUUAAACCGCUUUUUGUUGAUUGACAAAUCAUUUUUUAAAGUCAUGGGGAUUUCGAAUUUUCUUUCAAAGCUUUUUUCACAACUGUUUUGAGAUGGAAUCCUUGUUCGAAAUAUUCCGCGAUAUUUCUUAUAAAUAAAGCAACUAAAAUCUUCGAAGCCUCAAGAAUUCUGGUUGAGCAGCUGGUACCAUACAUUUUCUUACGCGUACAUUUCAUUGAAUCUCAAUUGAAAGAUUGAACAAAUGGUGAUCGUUAGGAUACAUAAAUAAAUUAAAUUGUUUUAAUGAUAUCUCGUUUUCUCAACAUGAGUUUGCUCAGCUGUACCAAAGCUCAAUUGCCUCGAUCAAUAUUUCAUUUCAUUUUUUCAUACAAUAAGGUAUUUUACGCCAUGGAAGAAAAAAUAUAAAAAUGCAUGUUUAUGAUAGAUUUCGUGAAAAGCAAACGAGAAACGUUAAUAUUUGUUCAUAAAAAUGCGAUGUAAAUUUUAUAACUCAAUUUUAAAAAUCGUUUUUUCCAUCUGUUUUUCAAAUGUCUAAAAUGCCACUGCCAUAUUGGAUUCCAGCGUGACGUCACUCCGGUGGUAACCAGUCUAGAUUUUUAUCGCGCGCUCUGUGUUAUUUCGAAAUUUUACAAAUUAUUAUCACGUUUGAAGACUUUUAUCAUAUUUAUUUUAUUAAAAUCGCAUAAUGGAAGACGGUCUUGUGAAAGCAGGAAGUACAAAUCUGCCAAUGACAAAUACGUCGAUGGUGGCGAUGAAUCCACAAUAUUUGUGGUGUUUUUACACUUGUAUUAUUGCAUCCAGGCACAAGACACCGAUGAUAUACGUUAUAAUUCAUUAUUUUCACAAAUCUUGUUACUUGGUCUUUUACAGUCGUGUUGUUUGCCAACGGAGUGACAUCACGAACCGAAACAGCAUGGCGGCUAGAGUUUCCGCGCGAAAAUUCAAAAUCAUAAAUAAAUAAUAGUUUUCAAGACACUUUUCGGUCUCGUAAAAUGAAAAUAAAAAUUCUACUGGUUCAUUAAGAUCUCAGGAUUAAUUUAAAACAGUUUAAAAAAAAACGGUGUAAUACCCCAUUAUUUUGUAUUAUUUAAAAACUCGCGUGUUUCUUAUUUCUUGUUUUAGUUGAAAAAAGAGAAAUUUUAUUCGGCGAACAGAAUUCAACGCAAACAGAAAGCCAGCAUAAGCCGAGUCGGUAGAAUUCUUUCAGACGACGUUUCUUUCCAAUGAUUUUUUCUACCAUCGUCGCAGUUUGAAGCUGUGAAAAGUGGCUCGAGUAAUAUCAGUACGAAAUCUUUUUGUCGAUACCCAUUCCAGCCUCCAUCAACUGUUCAAACUCGACGAUUACUAAUUUUGAAAAGAAGCUAUCGCAGCCGAAAAUGUGUUUCAUCUCGACUCGUUCAAUUCUUUGUAACAAUAAAAAAUAUGAUUAAAAGACACGGGAAAUUGUGCAAUUGAUAGUUUUAGAAUUGAAAGAGUUCGAACGAUACCUUUUUCAUCGAGCAUAUUGAACCAAGUGUGUUCGAUAAAAGUAGCGAGAUGGACAAUUGACAUAUCGAAAUAUCGAAGUAGAGAAAAACGUUGCGUUGUAGAUAGAAAAAUCGGCGAAUUAAGUAUGUGCUCGUCUGUGUGUGAUAUCUUUCAGUUGAAUCUCAUCAGCUGAAUAAAAAAUAUAAAAAGUACGAAUGAUGUUACAAGUGCGUAAUCGAAUUAACUGCGUAAGGGUGUCGAUGUCCGCGUGAAUGAAUAAAAAGGAUGAAAGACGAGAGAAUAAAAAACGUAGACUCUCAAUGACCGGCUGAAAGAUAGCGAACACCCGAAAAUCAAUGUUUUCCAUUCGUAGAUAUAAACGUAUAGUCGAAAUAAAGAGACAGAAAAUCAACGGUAUAACGUUGUGUACAAACAAUGAAAUAUCGCAGAAGAUUUAAAAACGAGAUUAUUUAUAAAUUAAUGUUCGUAGACGUAGGAAAACUUGGUCGUAUAAGUUUUGUCGUAUUCAUAUAUAUAUAUUCUUCGUCGCUGUUAUCGUUGUUAAAUGAUUUUCAUGGGACGGUGUAAUCGGGACGUCAUUUUCAUUCCGUUAUUUAUCUUUUUUUUUUACUAUACUUUUCCAGGUGUAAAUGAGACAGAAUGAGCUAGCUAAACGAUUUAAAAUAAACAUCCCGACUCCUAAACCCCUCGACGCUUCGUAGCCACGUUGAGAAACCUCCCGCCCCCUGCUGCUCGUUAACGUAAAGAAAAGAAGGAGAAAAAAUGUAACAAAGUAGAGCACGAAAGCUGGUAGAACAGUAUUCGCAUAUUUUUCAGCGGCGAUUUGCUAAAUGAAAAUACAAAAAUUAUUGAAAUAUUGAAAUAAUAUUGGUAUGCUCCAGUGCAAUUCAUGGGUUUCGAGUCAAAAACGCAAUAUUUUUUCACCGCAGAAAUCCUCGAUGUGUAUAGUCACGUAAAGACAAGGGGAGAAAGACAGCAUGAGAGAGAGAGAGAGAAAGAGAGAGAGAGAGACUACAUUAACGUGUGCAUAUGGGUCAUAUUUAUUAUUGAAACAAAAAUUUCCAGCACAUGUGAAAAAAUAAAAGUGCUCAAUGCGAUCGUACAUUGGGACUGAUUUUCAAAGACGUUUUAUCCCCUCACAAAAAUGAGGUGAAACAUCCAAUUAGGGGGUCGCCUGACCGUGCAAUAGUCGGCCUUGUCCGAGUGCAAAGAUUUCAAAAAAUAUCUUUAGCACUUCUCGCAUUCUCAAAUAAAUGGGCAGAGGCCGGGCGAUGGUUCGGGCCGCGGAUCCGGUUCGGAAAAGUAUGAUUAAACUUCAAAACAAAAAAUUCUGAAUGCGCAGUGAAAAAAAAACAAACGAAAACAAG